UACUAAUUCAAGAUUGAGUUCCGGUUGAAAGUCAAUAAAACAACGGACUUUUGGCCAUUCUGUUUCAAACUUCAUCCCAGUCCAGAUUUACUUCACAGGCUGCUAGCAGCAGGUCUGUAGAUACCAACGAUCAAAGAUGGACACGUCUAUAAUAGUGAUUGCCUUUCUAAUGUCAGACCUUCUGGUGGCGCCAUCUACAGCUACCUGGCUCAGUUCCGAGUACUACAGGAACUGUCCGGAUCAUCUGUUGGAAGACAUGAGGGAAAUUGAGGCCAGCGGUCCGCAGGAAGGUGGUUGGAUUGAUCGCGGCCGGGAGGCCAUUCAAGGGGCAUGGGACAUGAUUCGAGCUUACAGUUUGUUUUCCCCCAACAGUGACAUGCGUGAGGCCAACUUCCGCGAUUCUGAUAAGUACUUCCACGCUCGAGGCAACUACGAUGCCGCACAGCGAGGCCCCGGAGGAGCGUGGGCAGCUGGAGUCAUUAGCGACGCACGGGAAACAUGGCAAGGUGACGUCAGCGGUCGUGGAGCCGAGGAUACCGCAGCUGAUCAGGAGGCUAACGAGUGGGGGCGCAACGGUGGAGACCCAAACCAAUAUCGUCCACCCGGUCUUCCUGAAAGAUACUAACCUGGUUGAAAAGCUCAAGUCGCGACACCGGCCAACACCAGCGUUUGACUUAAUUAGAGAGUAUUUUCAUUCAUAUAGCCGCUCGAUCUCUACAAAGCUCUAAUCCCUUUGAAAAUGUAAGUCAAAUCACAAUGGAGAGCUGAUGAGAGGCUUUGUCGAAAGUUGGUGGGCCGGGAUAGCAGAUUAUCAGAAGAUUAGCACCGGACGAACAGUUGCAAAUAUGUCGUUGGACAUAUAGUCAAGACAAUUACACUGCCGUUCCCAAUUCACCAGCUUUCGACAAAAGCCUCUCAGCUCCUCCAUCAUGUGGUUUGACUUCAUUUUUAAAGGAACUGGUGCGUAAUUGCAGAGAGUGGCUCCGUAGUAAAUGCGAAAACUCUCUACUCCCGGCAGCCCAGCGAGUCGAAUCACGCUUGAUGAAUGUUUAAUUCGUUCACAUACUCUAAUUAGUGUAUAGUAUUCCUCUUUUGAGAGCAUGCUGGGUUACCGAAUUACUUGGCUGUGUUAAUCAUGUUAAUAGGGAGUUUUUACUCACCGAAGUACGAAGAUCCAAGAACGUCUAAGAGCUUUGUGUCGAAACUUGAAGAACCGGCCGGAAGUGCAGUUUCGUCCUAGUUUCCGGGCUGAUGAGAAUCAAAUUGCAGAUGUAUCGUUUGCCCUGAACGAAAUGCCAAAACUGCCUUUUUAUCCAUUACUUUUCGACAAAGACUUCUUUGUUCUUUGUCAUGACGGGCACUUGACACUCUGUUCUUGAAUCCUCCACAGGGGCCGCGGAACGGUUUUAAAGUGGGUGAGCUGAGCCAAAAGUAGGGGGCUGACCAUGCAAAAAAUCCCAAUCCUAUGGUCAUUUUUACGUUUUUGUACACGGUUUUGGAAAAAAAAAAGUGGGGGCUGAAGCCCCUCCCCCCCCCCCCCCCCCACUUCCGCGGCCCCUGCUCCAUACGUCGUUAAGCGAAGACUCUAAAUGUCUUUUUUGCCCGCAUGUUUUCUGCCUUUUCAACUGUAAAAACUCUAUGAUUGGUUUAUACAAAACAUUGCAUUCAGGUUCUCGAUUACUACACUGUAAAAAAAUAUUUUGUAAAAUUUUUACCACAACGAGGGUAAUGAAGUGUCCAAAGAAUUUGGGCAGUAUUUUAACCAAUGCGGGAAGCAUAUUGUUCAGUAAGGUUAAAAAUAAGCAGCAAUUAUUUAGAAUGGGCAAAAUUGUCAUCACACUGGAUAAAUAAAAAUGCCGAAUAAGAAAUGCCCAAUGUUGGUUGGACACAUAAUUACCCCCAUAGCGCACUUUUACUCAAUAUUUUCUAGAGUGUAUGGUAUUUUAUACCUCUCAAAUAUUUUAUAAUCAAAGUUCAUUUCUUUAUUGACCUCAUGCAAAAUAUGUAGUCACGAGUUUUUUAUUGCCUACGAAAUACUAGGCAGGUCACAAUAUGUGUUUUUAAUAUUCUGUAGAAAGC